GGGCGGUACAUAGUUUGUUGUUUUUGUGGGAGUAAUGUGCCAGUCGACAUCUUCAACAUAGAAGGCGAUUUAUAUCAUUUCAAGUUUUUGCGUCUGUGAGACUAACAUCAUCACUGUGCUAGUACGGGUAUGUAAUAUUCGUCGUAGAAGGGAAGACAGGCACGAUAUUGAUUCCUUAAUCCAUCAGUUGUACUAGAGAUGUCUAGCCAAUAUCAACGAAGUGUUCCACUGGAGGUCAGAAGAGCGGAUGGGGAGCGAGUUCGCGCCAAACAUCCGGAUAAGAUUCCGAUAAUUGUGGAGAGAUCUGCAAGGUCCCGAGCUCCUGAACUUGACAAAAAGAAAUACCUUGUUCCUUCAGACCUCACAGUCGGUCAGCUUUGCUUUCUGAUCAGACAACGGGUGUCUAUGAGGCCAGAAGAAGCUCUCUUCUUUUUCGUAAACAAUUCCCUCCCUCCAUCUAGUUCCCCCCUUUCUGCAGUAUAUGAGGAACACCACGAGGAAGACCUGUUCCUGUAUAUGACAUACAGUAAUGAGAGUGUUUACGGUGCCUGAAACCGAGGAUAAAAGGUUUAAAGAGAGGGAGAGAUGCUUGUUAAAGAAAGCAGGAGAAUGUUUUACAUUUUAUUUACCACUAUUAUCCCGUGUUCAAUACAUUGUGCCUUACAGGAGGCAUUGUUCUUAAGUGGGAACUAAAGGGUGCUGUUUGUGAAUAUCAGUAUUUGGGGCAACUAUAAUGUGUUUCACUAAGCGGAUUUAUGACAGUAAAGCAUUGCGUUUAUAGUUUUAAGAUUACAACAGGAGAAAAUAAAUGGUCAAAAAAUGCAGCUGAAUUUUGAAAACACAGUGGUAGAGCAAGCAAGUAUUAAUUUCACCUUUCUCUCCCAGGAGCAAGUCAUUUGUAUUUAAUUCAAAUAAGUUUUUGUUCUUAUUUUUCUUAUUUUGUAAAGUGUUAUCAAUAACUUUUGUGAAUAUAAUAAAUAAAAUCUUAAAAACGUC